GUGGGUGGGAUCACUUCCUGCAGAGAUGCUUCCCUGUUGCCUCCUCAUUGUGGCUGGCUGCUGUUGACAGGAUUGCUAGGGAAACAUCAGCUUCACAGAGGAGAGAGAGGGUGUGAAGGGACCGUUCUACGCUCGUCCUCUCCCAGCAUCAUGGCAUAGGCUUGCUGCAAAGUCCCGGCGCUCGCCGCACCAAGGAAAGGUGUCUCAGCCUGCGGGUAAUGUGCUGAGGGCUCUCCUUUUUUUUCUUUUUGUUUUGCAGACUCUAUCUUUGCAGCACUGGGAUCAUCAUACGACAGUAGUGGAAGCCUUGCAGUUACAUUACAGUGAGGGAAGGGGGAGCAGAAGGAUAAUCACGAAAAGGAUCUGCAAAAUGACUUCAAAAAACAGUAUAGCAGAUCCCAUGGAAUUGUCCUCUGUCUAGUUUUAUACCUCGUUUUCUUAAUUGGACUUCAAUAGAAUCCAGCACUUUAUUUACUCUGGCAUAAGUACAAGUCUUGUUUGUGUUUAUCGAGUUUUGGUUGUGUAUCGCAGAGGGUGGAAGGGAGGAAGGGUGGGUUGGAGGGGAAGUAAAACUUUCACCUCCUUGUUUAUCACAGGAGAUCAUGGCAUGGCCCUGUAUUACCAGAGCCUGCUGCAUAGCACGCUUCUGGAACCAACUCGAUAAGGGUGACAUUGCAGUGCCUCUAGUUUUCAGCAAGUACUCAGAGGUUACAGACGGCAUUCAACAGCAUCAAACAUACCUGCAACAACCUCAGGCUCGUCCAAGUUCAACUGCCAUUGAAGUACAACUAUCAUUAGUAGAGGCAGAUCAUGGGGGACACGCCGGGUCCACCAGAGACUUACCCCAACAGCAUGGGCCUUCUCAUGUCAAGGAGCAGUCAGGCUCCAUAAUGCGCCAGGAUUAUAAACCCUGGAACAUCAAACCAGAGCCUAGCUGCAAACCCAAAAGUGAGUACCAUCCUUCUGAAACCCCCUUUGAGCAGGAGACUCAAUACAAAAAGGAUUUCAAACCUUGGCCCAUCCCUCGUCGUGGAGACCAUCCUUGGAUCCAUAAACCCUCGCCGGGCCUCACUGCCCCAACAGCCUCCAGUCAGGCCAAGAGGAAGAAGGAACCGGUCGCACAACCAGAGAAACGGCUAGCGGAGCCGGCAAAUGUGGAAGACACAGAAAAAAUGGUGCAAAAAGUCAAAGCGUCAGUGUCGUUUAGCAAAGAAAAAGAUAAAGUAUCGAGCGCUAAAGAUACCCCAGAAAAGAAGGUGAGAGAGAAGUCUCCCGCUGGAAAGCCUACUGUGGAUGGAAUGAGACAUAGAGAUGCAUCGGACAUAUUCAACAGGCAGAUUAAAGAAGACUUGGGAACCAGCUCUUCAUACAGGAAUGAGUUUAAGCCGUGGACUGAUGUGCGGCCCAUGAGGUCUCUCAGGACCAGAUCUUUGUACAAACCCCCAGAGGAGAAAGUUUCCCAUGAAACCAGCUACAACACAACAUUUAAAGGCGAAUGCAACCAGCCCGCAACCGGAGAUAACAAACUGACAGAGCGCAGGAGGAUACGCAGCCUCUACAGUGAACCGCAUAAAGAAUCCUCAAAGGUGGAGAAGCCAAGUGUUCAAACAUCCAGACCAAAAAAGACGCCCACAAGCCAUAAACCCGUGAAAAAGGCCAAAGAAAAGCAGAUCGUAUCUGGCCGGGCUUCCAAGAAGAAGACCUCUGAGACAACUCCAACCACAAAACCUGAGGACAAGGAGAAGAGUAAAGAGAUAAACAAUAAACUGGCCGAAGCUAAAGAGUAAAUUUCACAGCACUUAUUAUUGUUAUUUUCAACGAAGGCCACAAAAUACAUUAGAGACUUUUGAAUCUGCUCAUGCUUUGAUUUUAUUGUAGAUUAAUAUUUAUUUAUCCCUUAAACUAGAUACCAUCACUUAGAUAUCUACACUAUUGUUUUCAAACAUAAAAAACAGAUGCAAACUAUGGUCCAAGGCUCUUUAUAAAAUGUUUUUAUUUGCUUCUGAAAUAGGAAAGGAACCUGAGAAAUUAUAAAGAACCAGAUAAAUGUUCUAGGUGCUACAAACCAGAAUGUAUCGCUCUAUAUGCCAAACUUGCCUCUUCUGAUGUUUUUAUAAUUUCACGUGUGAUAGCCAGUUUGGUGUAUAAUGUCCUAAGAAUCGAUUCGCAGUGAGGCGUGUUGUCAGUCUAGGUAUUGUGAGACUUGAUUCGAGAGAUUCUCCCCAGCAUGUAUCAGAUAAACAAUCCCCCAUAUUAACACUCUAACUUCUCAAAAAAACCUCAGUGACCUCGGCACUGUAAUGUGCUAAACUCUGACGAGGAGGUCUUUAGAAUCAGACUAAGUGUUGAAAAAAGACAGAGAAUAACAGUCGAUGAAAAAGAAAAUUUCCCCCAAAAAAUUCUCCACUCUCCAUGUCCAAUGUAUGACUUAAUAUUACUCUCUUAAUAAAAAGAAGAAUUUCGACUGUUGGACCAGAAGGAUUAAAUAAAAUAAAAAUUGUAGAUUAGUAUCAUUCGAUUUUACCUUAAUUAUAUAUUCAUAGGAAGUCCAACCAUUCCAAUAAAGAUCCAAUAACAUUCCAAUAAUUUUAUAACUGCACUUCUUAGUCAACCAUCAAGCCUUCUAUUACUCAACUGUACAAAUACUUUGAUCUUAGGUACGAUACAUUUUAUUGCAUAAAACAAAAUAAACCAGUACUGGCCUUGCUCAUUCUUUAUGAGCUUAUUUCUGACUUUAAGCAAGCUUUCUUCUAAAAUAAAUUAAUAUUCUUAGCUCAUGGCAGCACAUUGUGGAAUUUCUCGUUCCAAAACAUAUGGGGAUCCACAAGUUCUCCACAUAAAGCAGUCAGUAGAAACAUUCCUCCAGUUUCCAUGGUGAUUGCUAUACUUGUGCUAUAAGUUUGCCCCGAAAUUGUCCUCUAUGUGUAACAUCUAUAGUGAUGGAUAAAGGCAUGAUUUAUAAGAGAGCCAUCUUGACUUCACUCUUCUGUAGGUUUUAGGCAUCUUUGUCCUCAAUAUUUGAGUAAAUGCAACACAGAUUGUAAAGGGAAACUAUAUUUAUGCAUCUUAUCUCCAUUUUCUUUUGCUUCACACAAUGACCUAAAUGCAAAGAUUUCGGCAAAAACUUUCCAAACUAUCGCAAUCUGUUAGGAAAACUUUUCAAAUUACUCAUCAUCAAAAAAUCCCAUAAACUUUAACAUUGACUUAUGUAGGUAAAUCAUUUGAAGAGGUUUUUUGUAACAGAUUGUGAUAAUUUGAAAAAAACUUUUCCGAAAGAACUGAAAUUGAGGCCAUUAUCAGCUGACAAAUCUAAUAAUGAACCUAAAGAAAUUAAGGAAAUAUAUUUCAUGAGCUCCGUAGCCACAUGUGGGAAGUGAUCAUGAUAUCUGAUGGAAAUGUAUCAUGUUAGGGGAAAUAGCCUUUGGAUUUCCUCAGCUCAAAAUACAUUUGCACCCGAUCUAGUCUAUUAACAGAGAAAUAGUGGCCAGUGUGUUUAAAGACGACUUACCUUGCCUCUGUGUAAAGAUCCAGAAUCUGUUCAAUCUCAUAGACAGGUUCCACUCCCACUAGGGUCAACUCAGCGGUUAAUCCUUCUGAAGUUAAUAAAAUUAGUACAUUUGCGUUUGGUAAUAAUAUUUUUCCUGGGCAUACGUUAAGCCAAGAGAAAAGCUAAAUGUGCCCUUCUGUUUAAACACUUUAAUUACAAAUAUUAUAACCAUGGGGGCUUUAACUCAACAACAGCUGCUGCUUAGAGGAGUACAAACAUGUAUUCCUGACACUAUAGUGUUUAACUAUCUAGUUAGGUGACCGUCUCCCCACAGAUCGCAUUGGAAAGGUGAUUUUAUUGCAGGGACAGGCUACAGACACCAGAACCACCGCAUUACUCUGUAGUGGUUUUGGUGAUUAUGGUGUCCCUUUAAACGUUUGCUAUUACAUCUGUAGGUCAUUUGACAGCACACACUGCCCUUAAUACCCAUGAUAAAAAUGAGCAAACACACAGUAUCCCUUUGAAACCAUCACUAAAACAAAUUUUAGUCUCUGGCAAGUGAUUUAAUAAUGAUAAAUGAUCACCGAUAAGAUGUAGGCAGUAGUAGUGCACAAUUCAGAAAAGGUAAAAAAAUCCAACAUAGAAAACACAAUAUUUAUAAGAUAAAACACAGAUAUUAAUAACUAUGUUUGUAUGUGUUGUGCAGCGGCGUAAUCAUUUGACUCAUUAUAUCCACGGUGCGGUGCUGCGGUGCUGCGGCAGGCAGUGCCACAUGGACUUACUUACCUCCAUGAAACACUAGGGUUAUGUAUAAAGAGCAAUUUGGGAGCAAAGAUCUAGAAGUGGAGCAGUCACCAUGGAAACACCAACCGCAUAUUGCUCCAUUUUUAGAUGUCUUGGAGAGCUGCUCUUUACAAUGACCCUCCUAAUACAUUAAACCAGAAAAAUAUUACUUUAUUUAAAAAAAAGUUUUAGGUAGAAAUAUUUAUUUAUAAAAUUAGUUAACAAAUACAUUAAUUUAAGCCAGAUUUAAAAAAUAUAUAUAUAUUACAAAAAUAUGAACAAAAACACAAAUGUGCGUCUUUAUUCAGUAAACGGUAAAUUUGGGGUGAAUUGGCAGCUGAAGUUUCAAACAACGGCCUCGAUUUCAUCAUUUUUAGAUACGUUGUUUAAAUUAUUUAUCUACAAAAAAAGUCUCAUAGAUUUAAAUGACGAGUUCUGUUAAAUAAUUUGAAACGUUUUUUCUAAAAAAUAUUAAAUCAUUUGUAAAGCUUAUGCAAAAAUAUUAAAUCAACGCCAUUUGCCUGAGGUCAACUGUUUUUGCAAUCCAAUUGCUUUACUGGUCAAUAAAGUUGUAAACUGACCCAAAUUCACUGUUUAGUGAAUGAACUUCUGACAAUAGAACAAUGGGAGAAUUCUAAGAUUCCCGUCACCAAGGGACGUACUGUGAAAACGCCCCUCAGUUGGCAUAGCAACUAUUGUACAUGGGGAAAAGUAAUCCGUAGGGAACACUCUCUAUUGUGUGGCGUGUAUUGUUCAACCCGGCAAAAGCAGAUUUGUGUUUAAGUCUUAAGCUGAGAAUGUGGCAGUGUAUUUCUAAGCUUAGUUGUAUGAAAAUGAUGUGCGUUAGUACCUAGAAAUACCUCUGUAGCUUGAAUCUAUUGGGACACCUUCGAGUAUGUUAAAAUGUGAAAUAUUGUAACGAGUAUGCUUAUGUGUUCUGUAUUCUUUGUAUCUAAAAUGCAUGUUACACAUGGCAGACCUGUUCGUCUCUUGACAAUAAAUAUUGCUGUCUGGAGCACACA